AUGUCCCAAACUACCCAAUAGAAGACUGAAGAAGAGCCUCUGGAAGCUCUCAGUACUCUUCAGCGGAGCCUUAAGAUAAGAUAUAUAUAUAGAGAGAGAGAGAGAGAGAGAGAGAGAGAGAGAGGGAAUCUGUUAUUAAGAAACAGAGAAUUGAAGCUCUGCAGGUUGCCCGGAGUUGAGCUUUUGUUAAUAACUGUCCUCCGACGCUGAGAUGAUGUCCCAGCACCCAUCCCUGACCAGCCUGUUUGGCGAUGACCCGUUCUUCAGCCAGGACCGGCUGCUGUGGCCGCUGCGUCACCAGGCGCUCUCCUCGCUGCAGCAAGACUUCUUCAACCAGAGAACGGCGCUGGCCGACAGCCUCCUGAGGGAGCUUCACGACGGGCCCCACCUGCUCAGCCAGCUGCCCCUCAUCUCCUCCACUAUGGCCAGGCGGAGUGAUGGUACAGAGAAGCAGAGAGAGACUCCCAGCACAGAGCUGCACAAGGACACUCAGCAGGCCACAGAAAACAACGGCGACCUCCUGGUGACCCUAGACGCUCGCGGUUACGCCCCCAAUGACAUCACCGUCAAACUGGAGGGGCGCAGCCUGGCGGUGGUGGCCAUGAAGCAGGCCGGAGCAGAAGAAAGCCAGUCCUGCUCCUCCUCCUCCUCCUGUGCCUCCUCCUGCUCCUCGGCCUCGUCCCGGAUGGGAUUCGUCCAGAAGAUCGACCUUCCCGCUCACCUGGAUCUGUCCGGCCUCUCCUGUUCCCUGAUGGACGGCGGACAGCUACGCAUCCACGCCCCCGUGGCCAAGCAGCCAAUCAGCGAGGAGAAAGAGGUGCCCAUUCGGUUCAGGACCUCGCUGGAAUUUCCCAUUAAGGACAAGACAGAGGAGGAACUCACAGACUGAAAGACAUCCCCUUUUUAAAUAAAUACGUGUUUAUGCCCACACACACACGCACGCGCGCGCGCGCGCGCGCACGCACACACACACACACACACACACACACACACACACACACACACACACACACACAAAAACACACACACACACACUUCCACUUAAAGACUGUCCAUAAUGAGUCAUGUUUACCAAAAUGAAAUGAAUAUUUAUUUUAUAAUUAUUUGCAAACUGUAUAAACUGUUGAAAUAAAAAGUGUCUGAUUUUCAGAAAA